GGGGAGGCGGGGACGAUUUUGGUCCCGUUUAAAACUGUCGUACAGUUAGAUCAUCAGACUUUGCAAAGGUCUCCAGUACAUAAGUGAUAUACCUCGCGACUUUUGAUCUGAUAUUAUGGAUGAUGAUGCUGGCGACUGGUUUGGAGCAGGCGACGAUGAUGCACCACCGCCAGAGCCAGUGUCGCUCGUGAAGAAGGCCGAAACCGCGAAGAAAGGAAAGAAAGGUGCAGCUGCUCCUCCACCACCACCAGUAGAAGAACCGAAACCAGCUGAGGAAGCUCCACCAGAGGAGUACGAAGAAGCCGAAUUUCUUGACCCCGACAAGCUUUUGCUUUGCAGGCAUUGGAUCAGGCCUAAAUUCUUGCAAUACAAAUAUUUGUUCGACUACAGACAUAAUUAUUACGAUGAUGUAAUUGACUUCUUGGACAAGAGGCAAAGGGGACUAUCCCGUGACAUCCCAAGACCCCAAACAUGGGCCGAAAGAGCGCUGAGGACCUACAGCAGCAAUUCUAAUAGGUGCGAAUUCUUCAGAAGGCUGGACGAAGACAAAAAGUUGGAAACCAAAAUGCGUCUCACCGGGGCAUUCUACCAUUACCAUACUAGGGAAUAUUUUAAUCGCAAAUAUUCAUCCAUCAUGUAGUGACUGCUUGUUUCAAAGCUACUUAGAGAAUAUUUAGUUUAAAAAAAAAGACAUAGUUGUGAUAAGCCAUUUAACGAACAUCAUUUUCAUUGCUGAGUUUGUUUCAAAGAAAGGAUAAAAUUUAAAUCGCAUAAUGUAUGUAAAUAAGUACUAUAAUAAAAUAAGGAAUUUCAUUAACAGUU